UGAAUUCUCAAUCUUUGUCUUCUUCUUACGUCUUUUUAAAACCUCCUCCUUCCUCCUUGUUAUGUAACCGUUUCGCCGUCACGUUUUCCAAAUUUCUCUCUCUCUGCUCAAAUUUCUCAAUCUAUGAUUUUGUGAUUUUUUACCCCGGCGGUUAUGGAGACGGGAGCGGCGGUGAAAACGACGGUUACGGCGGCGACGAUGGGGAUUGGGACGAGGAAGAGAGAUCUGAAACCGUACAAAGGAAUACGAAUGAGAAAAUGGGGAAAAUGGGUGGCGGAGAUUAGAGAACCGAAUAAGAGGUCAAGGAUCUGGUUAGGCUCUUAUUCUACACCUGAAGCAGCGGCGAGAGCUUACGACACCGCUGUUUUUUACCUCCGUGGUCCUUCUGCUCGGCUUAAUUUCCCGGAGCUUUUGGCUGGACUAACGGUUUCUAACGGCGGAGGAAGAGUUGGUGAUUUAUCGGCGGCGUAUAUAAGAAGAAAAGCGGCGGAGGUUGGUGCUCAGGUUGAUGCGCUUGGAGCGACGGUGGUUGUGAGUUCCGGAGAGAAAAGCGGUAACGGAUCAUUGGAACGGGUUGAUUUGAAUAAAUUACCCGACCCGGAAAAUUCGGAUGAUGAUGAUGAUGACGAGUGGGUGAAGAGGAGAUAGAAGGAAAAAAAAGUAGUUGUAGAAGGAAAACGAGAAUGUUUGUCUUUACGAUGCGCGGUCUUCGCUAAUAUGCGCUUUUCGUUUUAAGUGUUUAACAUGCGCCCUCCAUUGUUUUGGGUUUUGUUUCUUCCUCGAUAAUCAAAGAUUUUAAAACUC